UUUCCGAAGUUAAAUCGGUUGUUGCCCUUGCGAAACAACGGCCGGAGGUGGCCAGCAGAAUGGCGGACAGCACGUCGGAGUGCCGAGUCUGUUUCCUGGUGAACGAGCCCACGUAUCUGGAUAUUUUCGCGAAGGAGAACGGCCAUAAAAAUAUUGCCUCGCUUAUUGCAAAACAUCUGUGGUUCGAGGUAGCGCCGACGGCAGAUCCUCAGCUGAUUUGUUUCCGGUGCUGGUCGGCACUGGACGAGUUCAAUGAUUUCUACAACAACAUCGAGGAGUGUCGCCGAAUGCGAACCGAGGAACCAGUGCACCAUGACGACACCAAACGUUCGACGGAAUUCUCUGCGUGCUACGCCGAGGCAACCGAGUACAAAACAGAGUUUCUCGAAAUCAAAGGUGAACCGGUGGAAGAUGACGAUGAUGAUGAGGACGAAAAGUCGUACGCCUUGAGCGACGGUUACCUGGGAAAUUCGACCGAGCCGCCGCACGCGGUGAAAUCGGAAGCGGCCGAGGAAGGAGAAGAUGCGUCCUGCUCCACGCCGCACUGGAAAGCGGCCCGGCGUAGGCACCGGGAGCAAUCCAAACUGGUGCGGGCCAAACGGAAGGUACCGAGCAGCGUGCAGAAAAUAGAAGAUGCGGAACUGUUGGAAUUUUAUAAGCGCAUCGUUUGCGAGAUGUGCGACAACCAGCGCAUGAUGGUCGGUGAACCAUUAAUAGACUACGGGUCGUGGACGGCGUUGCUGCGGCACUCGAAGGUAGUUCACGGCCACUACAAGAUCUACGUCCAGUGUCCGGUGUGUGAGAUGAAGCUGCGCACGAAGGUGACCCUGUGGCAGCACAUGGAUAUGCACAAGAAUCCGGAGAAAUAUCGGUGCGAAGUGUGCGCCGAAAUCCACCAGAACAUGAAGGAGCACAUGCAGAACAAGCACGAGGAGCGUCAGUAUAGUUGCGAUCUGUGCGGGAGCAAGUUCCCGUUCAAGAAGCGCCUGGUGGUGCACAUGAAGAAGAUGCAUGCCGAGAAGGACGUUACGUGCGAUCAGUGCCAGAAGUCCUUCACCAAGUACACGAUUGAGGACCACAAGCGGUCGGUACACACGGCACGGUUCGUGUGUGAGCACUGCCCGAAAACGUUCAAAAUUCGCUUUAGGCUGCUGAAGCACAUGCAGGAGCACGACAAAAGCCUGCGGGUGGCGACGUGCGUGCCGUGUCACAUCUGCGAUCAGGUGAUGGGCGACAAGUACAUCCUGCGGCAACACAUCAAGCACAUGCACGCCGAACAGCAGUCGGUCAACUGUGAUACCUGUGGCAAGACGUUCAAAAACAAGCGCAACCUGUCGGUGCAUCUGGCCAACGUGUGCAUGAAACUGGCCAGUCUGCACACGUGCAGCAUUUGCGACAAACAGUUUCGCCACCUAAACAAACUGAAGGACCAUAUGGCGUCGUGUACACCCAACUGAAACCGAGGCGUUUUCCUGUGCAAUUGUAGCGGGUAUCGAUUGAUGCUCCCCGGCAACACAACCGCUUGUGGUUGCUACGGUUACGGCGAGAGUCGACGGGAGUUUAUCAGUUUUUUAGUCAGUCAUUUUCAAUCAACCAGCCAGCAUAGCAGGCUGCUGCAGUCGGGCGUUUUUAAGUAUUUCCCUUUCUGCAUGUGCGGGCCACAUACUUUCGAUUAACAUUCCCUCACGCAUAGAACUCGCUGUAACCAGCACCGUUGUACAUACAGUAGGCUCAUAAUACUGUUCAUAGUAGCUAGUAGUAGGGGAGAGGAACAGAGUUCAAUAGUGACGUAAGGCUGGCUGGACUAUGGGCGUGUGCAAAGUCGGCCGAGGAAUGACUGCCAAUCGGGCACUGCUCGUGGUCGUGACGAUCAUCAUGUGAUUCAAAAAGAACGGAAAGUCAUGCUUUUCCGUGCCCAGCGUUGCUGGACAAUGUCAGGAAAUGAUUUCUUCUGCCGGAAAAUGGUGUAACUAUGUAUAUAAAAG